AUGAUGCUUUUCAACGCAAUAAUUCUAUGUCUCUUCGCUAGUAUUCAGGUAGCUAUUGCUGCUACCAGUACUUCUACCUUUUCAUCGUGUACCACCGUAUCCUCUACCAAAUCUGUUGCCGUAGUCAAAACCAUCACAACACGCAGAGGCGACUAUUUCUACGCUUCCAAUUCUUUCACCAGACCUCCUCCAACAACGAUUACUGUCACCCUUCCUGCCAAAUCAACAAUAUUCACCACUACUAAAACGACGGUCCCUGCACCAUUAGUAGCUAGGGCCACAGAUCCUGUAUUGAUUGGUGUUGACGAAGCCUCGAAGAAACCUCGAACUCUCCCUGAUGAUGCUUCACGCGGGAUCUCUCUUCCACGAGUUGUGCCUAACAGGUUCAAUUUCCGAUCUCUAACUCCAAAGCCCAUGUAUCCCUACGUAGUAUACUGUGUAUACGAGAUCACACGAGUCUCAAUCUCGACAGUUACGGGUGCACAACAAACAGUUAAAAAGACUGUCACCCCAAAAUACACAACUUCGACUGUAACUGAAACUGUAACGGUAUAA